CUCUCUCAUUCUCUGAAAACAACAAUAGAAAAGAAAAGGCAGGAGCGGCAGGAGGAAAAUGACACAAUGGAGGAUUCUUCAUGUAUUCGAUUGUAUUAAAAAAGAAGAAUAAUAACAAUACGGCGAGGAGAAUUUAUGAGUUUCCUUAGAUAUAUGAAUAAGUGAUAUGAAUACAUGUUGUAGUUAUUGAAAGCUAUGAAAUCCAUGAAGAAGAUUAAUAAUUAUGUAGGUGAUAUUGUAAUAUGUAUAAUAAUACUUCUCUCUGUAAGCUUGAUUUAUGGGUCAACACAAAUAGUCAAAUCGUUUUUAGGAACUGGGGAGCAAAUUCUCACCUCGUCUUUUAAUUAUAAUUGGAUAAUUCGUCUCACUUUAAAUACGUUAGGUUAUCUUACAGUAUUAUUACCCGGAUUUCUUAUUCAUAAAUAUGUUCAUCAUAGUAAAUAUCUACAAAGAGAAGGAAAAAGAUGUUUGCCAAAAUUGUUGCAUGCUUGCUUCAUUGGCUCUGGUCAGUCUGGUGGUCUUUUAGACUCGACGCAUUUCACACCACAAAAUUAUGCGCAUCAACAAACUUUUAUUCAAGAAAUUUUAUUACUUUUAUAUUGUUUCCUGGGACUUCAAGUUAGUUAUCUGACAUGGGGAUAUUUACAGGAGAAAAUUAUGACACAAGAGUAUAUUGAUGACUAUGGCAAUAAAAGUCACUUUAGAGAUUCCCAAUUUUUAGUCUUUGUGAAUAGAAUUUUAGCAUUUAUAAUGUCGGGACUUUAUUUAAUGGCUCAAAGACAACCUCACCACACAACACCUUUGUAUAAAUAUGUAUUUUGUUCUUUAUCGAAUGUUUUAAGCAGUUGGUGUCAAUAUGAAGCACUUAAAUUCGUCAGUUUCCCAUCUCAGGUUUUGGCAAAAGCUUCAAAAAUUAUUCCUGUUAUGAUAAUGGGAAAAAUUAUUUCACGCAAUUCUUACGAUUAUUACGAGUAUGUCACUGCAUUUUUUAUUUCCAUUGGUAUGACCAUGUUCAUGUUGGGAAGUACUGAUUCUAAAACAGAUGAAGUUACUACGUUUUUUGGUAUUAUACUACUUGCUGGAUAUAUGAUACUUGACAGUUUCACAAGUAAUUGGCAAAAUUCACUGUUUACCGAAUAUGGAAUGACAAGUGUACAAAUGAUGUGUGCAGUUAAUAUGUUUUCAUGUCUUCUAACAUCAACAUCACUUAUUCAACAGUCAACGUUUACUUAUUCUUUAACUUUUAUGACAAAGCAUCCAAGGUUUAUUAUAGAUUGUUUAUUAAUUUCAAUUUGUUCAGCUAGUGGUCAAUUGUAUAUUUAUUAUACAAUUUCAAAAUUCGGUGCAGUCACAUUUGUCAUUAUUAUGACCAUAAGACAGAGUUUAGCAAUUCUACUAUCAUGUUUAGUCUACCAUCAUCCAGUUACAAAUUUGGGUAUUUUUGGAAUACUUGUAGUUUUCUUCUCCGUCUUUCUUCGCAUUUAUUGUAAGAGCCGACUGCGGUUUAUUAAGAAGCAAAAAACAGAAGUGAGUAAUCUAAGAUGUUAAAUUUUAUGAUUCAAUUUAUUGUUUUAUUAUUUGUCUUCCUUGUUUUUAAAUUUAUUAUAUAUUGUGUACUGGAAAUAGAGAUAUUUUUAAUGAGUUUAGAAAAUAAAAAAAAAAUAAUAAGCUUA